CUUGCAACCCUCUCCAGAUAUCAAACACUACUGUGGCUUCCGCCUCCGCCAAACAACAAAAGAACCAGCAUUUUCAAUAGAUUUACCAAAGCAAAGCAGCUCCAUGACCAACAGCGACACCAACAACAGCGAGGAUGAGUACGAUGAGCUUACGGAGUUGCGACAACGCAACAAGCCCAUACCACAGCAGUCGGUGGAUGAGGCUUUCGAUUUGGAUGAGCUGUUGCCACUCAUUGGCGAGUUUGGCAAAUAUCAGAAGCUGCUGGUGUUUGGCAUUUGUUUGCCUGCUUGCAUACCCUGUGGCUUUUGUGCCUUUAAUCAGCUCUUUAUGGCGGACACACCGGACGACUAUUGGUGUCGUGUGCCCGAGCUGCAGCAUAUGGAAUUGGAGCAGCGCAAAGCCUUGGCCAUACCCAUGGAACAGGAUGAGUUGGUUUAUAGCAAGUGUCUUACAUAUGCGGUCAACUGGACGGAGCUGCUUGAGUCCAUGGCACAAGAUGUGAUCACACUGCAGCCGAAUGAUAGCUGGCCAAUAAUGGGAUGCAGCCAGGGCUGGGAGUACAACACAAGCAGCGUUUGGUCCUCCAUAGUGAUUGAUUUCGAUUUGGUGUGCGAUCAGGACAUCUAUCCUACCAUUGGCCUAGCAGCGCUUAACACUGGCGGACCCGUGGGCGUUUAUCUGUUCGGCUUGCUCAACGAUCGCGCUGGUCGGCGGCUUUCCUACUUUAGCUGCUUGGCCACGCUACUGGCGGGCAGCCUGAUGACGUCGCUCAGCAAGGACUUCUGGACCUGGGCAGGUAGUCGUGUGAUUGUGGGUCUCACCAUACCAGCCGUCUACCAGAUACCCUUCAUCAUAUCCUUGGAGCUGGUGGGCGAGAACUAUCGCUCCUUUGUCACCGUUAUGACCUGCACCUUUUACACCUCGGGCAUUAUGCUGCUCUCAUUGGUCACCUACCUGGAGCGGGAUUGGGUGCGUUUAUCGUAUUACACCUCGCUACCCUUUUAUGCGUACUUUUUGUAUUUGUUUGUUAUGCCCGAGUCGCCGCGCUGGCUGCUGAUGCGCGGCCGUCUGGAGGAAGCGCUGAAGAUACUCGAGCGCAUGGCGCGUGUUAAUGGUCGCCAGUUUCCGGAGGCGGUGCACAGCAAGCUGGAGGCGCAAAUCAGACGCGACAAGCUCAAGCAAAAGAAGAAGGUGGCCAAUGCGGGCCUCAUGGACUUGUGCCGCACACCGAAUAUGCGUCUGAAGACGAUACUGAUUACGCUCAGCUGGUUUGCCAAUGAGACUGUCUAUCUGGGUCUUAGCUAUUAUGGUCCCUCGCUGGGCACCAGCCAGUACCUGAGCUUCUUCCUCUCUGCCGUGGUGGAGAUACCCAGCUAUCUCUGCUGCUGGUACUUCAUGGACACCUGGGGUCGACGCUGGCCACUUAGCUUGUCCAUGAUCUUGGGGGGCGUGGCUUGCGUCAUUACCGUCAUGCUGCCCGAUGCAGCAGUGGAUGAAACGCUGGUGCUCUAUCUGAUCUCAAAGGCGCUGCUCUCGGCCUCCUUUCUUAUCAUUUAUCCAUUUGCGGGAGAGCUGUAUCCAACGCAAGUGCGUGGCAUUGGCAUUGGCGCCUCCAGCUAUAUUGGCGGCUUGGGUCUGAUUGUAAUACCCUUUGUCACCUACCUGGGCAAGGAGAAUCUGAAGCUGCCAUUGGUCAUUAUGGGAUUUGUUUCAAUGCUGGGCGGCUUGACGGGCUUGCGCUUGCCGGAGACUUUGCAUCAUCGAUUGCCACAGACUAUCGAGGAGGGUGAGGAGUUUGGCAAAAACUGGCAGCUAAAGGAUUGUCUCAACUGCAAGCCUCAACCCGAUGUCCUAUCACCGCCAGCUUCUUAUGAGAACUUGGAUGUGCUGGCAGGCUCUUCCAACAAUGCCUCAGAUGUGGAACUGGAGCUCAAGGAUAAUCGUCGUCCUCGCACUCAGCGCAGCGUCGAUGAACGCACGCCCUUGGAUAUGACCGCCAGUGGCAGCGUUGCUCCGCGUCCGAAUCGUGCAUCUAUGAAACGUCUGGUGCGCCAGAUGAGCGUCAUGGACACCCAACGCACCCACGACGGCACUCUACAGCUCACGCAUUGGAUUUAAACUCCAGCAGCUAACAAUACAAGUCCAAUAUUACACAUACGUAUAUCUAUUUUAAUCUGAAUUUGUGUAUAACUAGCUAGGUCGUACUAUAUAUAUACAUAUAAAAAAUGUAAUACUUGACGAAUUCAAUGAAUUCCGCUCAGGCACAACAAUAAACUUGCAACAUAAACAAAAGUGAUUCAUGUUUUUUGUUUAUGAAAAUUUAAAGCGUAAGAAUUGUUGAAAAAUAUUUUAAAACAAAAAGUCCCUUGCGUUAUGUUAUGCUCACAGUAAUUAAAUCACUUAUUUAAAAUGUAUGAAGCACUCAUAAGUUAUAAAAGUCUAUAUACUUGCAUAUGUAUUAGUUUGAUCGCUUAAAAAAAUGUCAAUGU